CUGGAUGCGAACGACCGUUUCUGGUUCCCCAAACAGGACAAUGCCGCACAGCCAAGCCUGGCACAGCAAGAUCCUUCCAUCUCACGUCUCCAGAUAAAGCAAAAAUUGACAGCUUCGCCGGCCAAUGAACAAUGCUCCAACUCAACUCUCGCACGUCGCCCGGGCGCAAACCCGGCCGAGUCUAUCUUCGGCGGACCAAUAUGGACGACUCCCCAAGGCCCAAGAUGAGUGGUUUUCUCAGCAAGCCAGCCCUGCAUUGCGUUUCUAACAUUGGAGUUAUCCCGUCUUACCUUCCCGCCUACGGAAGACUUAACCCUGACCUAACCGGGAACGAGCGUGACGUACGCAGGGAGGCGUGAAGCACGGGUGCCGGAGCUUGUGAAAGGCGAGGGCACCGAUGGGUUCGUCCAGCUGAUGUCGGAGGAGGGGGGCAUGGAAACUCUGGGCUAUCUGAAGCAUAUCGGUUUCCCCUCCUAAACGUUCCGCAAUACGAAAGAGGAUGGACGGAUAGAUGAAAGGUAGAGCAGCGAUAUGAUCGAUCCUAUUUAACUCGACGCGUUUCCCUCGUCUCUCGCUCCCGUGGGUUGGAAUCAUCGUUAUCGAGACACGAACGCAAUCAACAUACCCCUCAGCAACCCAACUCAAAUCACCAGAACAAAUGCAUUCACCAACGGAUUCGUCGACAAGUUCACGAUCGGAUGAUUCGCCGAUAGUCAUUUCGCCGGCUGCUUCGCCAACGGCUUCACCACCGGAAAAGGCACCGCUGACGACGUCGUCGACCACCACCACCACCACCACCAACAACAGCAACAAAACCCCCACUGCCACAACCACCAAGAGGCCGUCGUCGCCGCCGCCGAAGGUGAGUAACACGGACGUCCUCAUCAUCGGCGCCGGCCCGACGGGCCUCACCCUCGCCCUCGAGCUCUCAGUCCAGAGCAUCCCCUUCCGCAUCAUCGACAAGCUCCCCGAGCCCUCGGACAAGUCGCGCGCCCUCGCCGUCCAGUGCCGCUCGCAGGAGCUCCUCAACCGCCACCCGCACAUCGCCGAGUCCAUGCUCGCCGACGGCACCAAGGGCCCCGGCGUCAACAUCUACUGCAACAAGCGCCACCUCGUAACCGGCACCUUUGACGACCUCGGCUUCGAUGACACCCGCUUCCCGCUGCCCCUGUGGGUCUCCCAGGCCGACACCGAGGCCGCCAUGCUCCGCCAGCUCGAGGUCUACGGCGGCACCGUCGAGCGCGGCGUCUCGGCCCAAGACAUCAAGCAGGACGGCGUCCGCGCCAGCGCCACUCUCGUCAAGAGCUCUUCCUCAUCCUCUUCCUCCACCCCCGAGAAAGAGAUAUUGCGUGCCAAGUACAUCGUUGGCUGCGACGGCGCCCACAGCGUCGUCCGCCACAGCGCCGACGUGACGUUUGAGGGGUCGCAGUACCCGCAGCAGUACAUUCUCUGCGACGCCAAGGUCCGCGGCGACUACGACGCCGAACGCGUCUCCCUCUUCCUCGGCAGCCGCGUUAUGGUCGUCUUCCCCAUCAGGGACGGCGUCAUCCGCAUGGUCGGCGAGCGCUCGUCACGCAGCAAGCGCGAGGGCGACCCGGACGUCGCCGAGAUCGAGGCCUUCAUGGAGGAGGUCAUGGGCCGCCGCCCCGAGAUCGAGGAGGCCCUCUGGCUGGCGAGCUUCCGCUGGAACUGCCGCGGCGUCAACCGGUACCGCGACGGCCGCCUGUUCCUCGCCGGCGACGCCGCGCACAUCCACUCCCCCGCCGGCGGGCAGGGCAUGAACACGGGCAUCCAGGACGCCGUCAACCUCGGCUGGAAGCUGGCGGCCGUCCUCCGCGGCGAGAAGGAAGAGUCCUUCCUCGACACGUACCACGAGGAGCGGCACCCGGUCGGCCAGCACCUGCUCACGGGGACGGACCGCAUGUUCAGCAUGGUGGCGUCGCAGAACACUAUCUUCACCACCGUUCGCAACGCGCUGAUGCCCUGGAUCGUCCCGCGCGUGUGGAACAACCGGGCGCGGCGGCUGUCCGUCUACACCUUCAUCUCGCAGAUGGCCAUCAAGUACCGGCGGAGCUCCAUCGUCGGCACGGCCAUCGGGUUCGAAGGGCCCGUGAGGGGCGGCUGGCGCGCGCCGGACGGCCAGUUGACGGACGAGAGGGGCGAGAAGGCACGGUGGCUGCUCGGCAUGACGAGCGCGCGCGACCACACCAUCCUCCUCUUCGCCGGCGUCGAGGCCGACGAGGAGAACCUCGAGGCGGCCGAGGAGAAGCUCGUGACGGACGGCCGGUUCAAGGAGUACGAGGUCGUCAAGGUCUACGCCGGCGACACGGUCGGCAAGGGGGGCUACAAGGACGUCGACGGCAUGCUGCACAAGCGGUACGGGUUCGAGAAGGGGGCCGGGUUCGUGGUCGUCCGGCCGGACGGGUACGUCGAGUUCAUCGGUCCGGCCGAGUGUGUUGAGGAGUUCCUCAUGAUGUGAGACGG